UCUUGUUCGCAAGCUUCAUUAAAUGUAUUUGGUACUUGUAACCUUCUGUAUUCGUUUCCUCUCUUCCCACACAUGGCGUGACAGAAGACUGAACCAAACUUAAGAUGAAAAAUAGACGCGCCAUUGCUGCCAUCAACACUCCACCACUCAGCUUGGGACCUCAGGGAGAAGCGGUGGUGGCAUUCAUUUUUCAGAGCGGCCGGUGUUUGGAGGACUACGUGGGGGAGUUCCUGGACACCUACCACCUUGCCCGCUGCGAUGAGGUCUGCUUGAUGGAUGGAUUUUGUUACGGUCUGGACGAUGACAUUCACUUUGUCAUGCCUCAGGGAGAUCCGUGCUGGACUAUCAAGAGCUACAUCAACUUCGCGCUGUGGAUUACAGGAUCCGCAUUCAUGAUCGACGAAGUAGAUGUCAAGGAUUACAUCAGUGUCCAGCCCCAACAUGAAGGCUUCUCGCAGCGUGGCCCAGCCAGCCAUCAUCUCCGUGGAAUCUAGAUCUCCACGGAGCCCGAGCAAGUGUAUUCUUCUGUUUCCCAGUCGGUUUUAUCCAGCUCUGAAUCUCCUGUCUCCCUGCUGGUUCCGUCCAGCCCUAAACCUUCUGUGCAGUCUAUGUCUCCUUCCGGCCCUGAACCUCCUAAAUCCCUCAGACUCCCACCCAUCCUCCACGUCUUCACCUCAUUUGCCAGAGCCUGCUGCUCUGCCUUGGCCCUCUGGAUCCUCUGUGUCGCCCAAGCUCCGUGUGCUCGGCUUCAUCUGGGUCUCUAUCGCCGGCAUCAUCGCAGGAACAUCGCAGUCCACACUUCCCAGGCCUCCACCAUGGCUCCUCCCCCCAGCGACUUCCCUUGUCUGCUACUCGGCUCGUCCACAUGUCCUUCAUCCAUCCUCUGCAACUCCAGGCUGUGCCCUAGCUCCUUCCUCCUUCGUUGCCUCCCUGGUCCUGCUGGCAUCAUUCCCUAUCCCUUCGACACUCCUGUCUUCUGUGCACCCUACACUUCUGUCAUCCCUUUGCCCACUCCUGUCAUUGGUCAGAGCCCAGAUUGCCCUGUUGCAAUAA